AUGCUUGCUUCUGACUCAUCUCCUCUCGCUGAGCAAUUCAACGAGGCGUUGUUGGAAGCAGCUGAACAGAUCGGAAGACAUGUUACAAACAACUUGAACGAGUAUCUAUAUAAAAAGCAUGGAUUGUGCGACCAAAUCAAGCAAACCCUGCGUGAUAUCAAAGAGGAAAUCGUAACACUCGACGACUCGCAUACUGCAAGUAAAUAUACUGACAAAGCUUCAAGGGUAUCCCCAGUAGUAUCAUCGAAUAAAGAUAUCACAAACAUACCAUAUCAAGGCGACACAAUCAAACCAAUAAUAAGUGAGACUGAGAAAAUAUCAGAGGAAAUGAAGAGAUUUAUAGAAGAACGCAUUACAAGUGCGUUCAAUUAUCAAAUUAAGUUUUAA